AGCGUUCGGGAGUUUUCGACUUCAAAUGUGAAAUCAUAUUGGGGAAAGUUGAGUUAGUUAAAGCAUGGCCACUGGCUCCCCCCUUCAACAGACAAGAUGGAGCCUCGUCACGGGAUCAUGAAAGCUUUCCCCAAAGUUAAAAGGGCCAAAGUGCUACCGGCAAAGGAUGCACCUCCACUGAAGAAGAAACCAGACGAGUGUGAUAUCACAGGAAACACUUUUAAUGGAGUCACAGUUUACCUUCUGCCUGCUGGAAUAGGAAAUGCCAGAUGCCAGAUCUUCCAGAGACAAAUUCAGCAGAAUGGUGGACAGACAGAGAGUUCCUUUUCUCCCAGUGUCACUCACGUUGUCGUGGAUGACAACAUGGACAGUGGCAGGGCUCUGCGCCUGCUGAAAGUGGAUUGUAUGCCCCCUGGAGUCCAACUGGUGAAAUGCACUUGGUUGAGCUUGUGUAUCAGUGAGAAGGAACUGAUGGAUGAAUCCAGCUACAGUCUACUUUCACCCAAGAGGGACUCUGAAACACAGCAUGAAAACACUGACGAGGAGCUGGCAAAUGUCAGACCUGUGGCGGAAACUACUGUGGAGCCAACACAAACAGCCCCAGACAGCAAAGAGGAAGGACAAGGAGAAGAAGACGGCGUCUCUCAGAAUGACCUGGAGGCUCUCAUUACUGGCCAACACCCCAAAGAGGAGACUCCUGGCCCCAGUGUCAACCCUGAUCCAGACAUUGCUGCUCAGAAGCCGAUCUCAGGGAAGUGGGUCUGUGCUCAGUCCUCUCAGUCCAAAAGUAAUAACUUCAACAAGCACAUCACUGACAAACUUGAAGUGCUGGCCAAAGCCUACACACAUCAGGGGGACAAGUGGAGGGCACUGGGCUACUCCAAGGCAGUCAAUGCACUGAAGAGCUACCACAAGCCUGUUACAUCAUAUCAGGAAGCUUGUCAGAUCCAAGGAAUAGGAAAACGCAUGGCUGACAAAAUUGAUGAGAUUAUGGAGAGCGGUCACUUGAGGAAACUCGAUCACAUCGGGGAGGCUGUGCCAGUGUUGGAGCUGUUCAACAAUAUCUGGGGUGCAGGAGCUAAAACUGCACAAAUGUGGUACCAGCAGGGAUUUCGCACUUUGGAGGACGUCCGCACCAAAGCCCACCUGAGCAACGCUCAGAAAAUAGGACUCAAGCACUACAAUGACUUUCUCGACCGAAUGCCCAGGGAUGAAGCGGCAGCGAUAGAGAAAGUGGUGAGGGAUGCUGCACAAGCCAUAGACUCAGCUCUGGUGGCAAUGGCAUGUGGCUCCUACCGCCGAGGAAAGGCAACAUGUGGAGACGUUGAUGUACUCAUAUCGCACCCUGACGGAAAGUCCCACAAAGGCGUUUUCAGUAAAAUCUUGCAGAGCCUCCAUGACAGCGGAUUUCUGACAGAUGACCUGGUGAGCCACGAGGACAACGGAGAGCAGAAGAAAUACAUGGGCGUGUGCCGUUUGCCAGGACUUGGUCAGCGCCACCGCAGGCUGGACAUCAUCGUUGUGCCCUACAACGAGUUUGCCUGUGCUCUCAUGUAUUUCACCGGGUCGGCACACUUCAACCGCUCAAUGAGAGCCUUUGCGAAGACUAAAAGAAUGAGCUUAUCAGAGCACUCGCUCAACAAAGAUGUGGUACGUCAAGGUAGCAUAAAGGUGCAUGGUGGGACUCCACUCCCCACUUCGGCAGAGAAGGAUGUUUUUAAUCUUUUAGGGAUACCAUUUAGACUGCCUCAUGAAAGGGACUGGUAGUGAUUGGCCCAUUACAGUGCCUUGUCUGUUUGAUUUUAUAGAAAGUAAUCAUGAUGCUGACGAAUUGUGAAACUGCUAUUAUACUUUACAAACUACUUUUAAGGAUGUUUUGUUCCUCCACAGAUCAUGUAAGAGCCCUGUUUGACUUGAAUGCUAAUUUUAGCUUUUGCACACUAAAGGACAAGGGUCACUCAGACUCCAAAACAACUUACCUAUCCCUAAUUUGAUCUGUCCCUUGAGACGGUUUUACGUGACAUGUGAGCAGAUUUUGCAACUUUACCGCCGCUGUAACCCCGAUAUAUUACAACUAAUUGAAUUUUGUUGUUUUGCUGUUUUAAAAAAAGUGGCAUUUUCUGUUUUUGGAUUGAACUAUUGCGAUUUGAUUUGCAAUAUAAUUUUAUAAUGUCAAGCUUCAGUUCAGUUGGUUUCAAACAUGUGGAUUAUCACCACAUGAAACGCUUUCAAAGACACGACUGUCACACAGGGAGGACUGCGUGUCAUGACACUUUAAACCCGAUGUCACAUCAGACAUGCAGCAUAAUGUAUGAGGCGUGGCUAUUAAAUAUAGAGACCACGGCAUGCAUGACUAAACCAUGUAGUAUAUUUUGAUCUGUCGGCAUGCAUAAACAACUCUUAAUGUUUCAGUCGGCUCAAAUUAAAUAAAACUGAAAUACAGCUUUAGUCUCAUAAUUUAUGAGCCACACCUUGCAUGUUCUAAAUUGCAGCUCUUGUGAUUUGCUAAUUGACUUGUUUCAAAUUUAAACUUGGACAGAAACUCUUGUAGAAGGCAGUUUGAUUAGGUCAGAUAACUGGGAGCCUUUUUAAGAGACUUAAAUGUAAAUAGCGAGAUCAGCAUCUGUUAUGAAAGAAUGGCAGCAAAAGUUUCAGAGGCAGAUAUUGCAAACGCUUAGCAGGUGGAUUUCAAACUUUCUGAGACACCACUUCAAGUAAGUGAAGUGUCCCUUUAAAAACAUGUUAAUGUCAGCGGAUGAUGGAUGCUUUAAGUAUAUUUUAUUAAAGAUGACCAAUAAUAAAAUGUAAUAAAAGCCAAA